GGCAAAUUUGACCCUUUAUUCAAAAUUUUCUGAAUUUUUUUUUAUAAGAAAAAUAAUACAUACAGUAAUUAAUAUUUCUUAAACUACAAAUUUUAAAAGUUUAAAAUGUAAAUGUCAAAAACAAAAGAAGAGUAUUGCAAUGGAGGUGGUUAGACUCUGAACUUGAAAUUGCUGAUAUAAAAGUAAAACUAUCUCUGCUGGAAAGCAAGUUAACGUCCGGUGAUAUCAAGUCCGAGACUUGGUUAGUGUACAUUCGUUCAGCAAAAUCGCCGGAAAAAGAAACAAACGAGUGGGCGUAUGGCAAACGAACACUCAUGGCUGUGUUGUUUAAUUGAUCGUUACCUCCGUCCUUAUACUGAAACUGGGUCUGCUUCUUUAACCAAAGAAAUGGAGAAACAACUUUUAAUUGCUCUUUCACAGGUUUAUACAGAAAUUAAGCUGUGGAUAAAGGAAUAUGAGUCCGAUAACAGCUCUGAGGACAUGGCGGGAAAUUCUGUUGGUGGAGGUCAAAUAAUCCCUGAGUCACAUGCUCAUGAUCAUCAUUGUUUAACCAAAGUUAUUGGGGUCUUGAUGGUUGUGGUUGCAACAGAGAAUCCAUAUAUCCAUCACCUGGCUGGCAAUAUCCUGGUGGUUGUUUCAGAUUUUCUGGUCGAAUCUGAAAGCUUUUUGGGUGAAUAUAUCAAUUUACUGUAUUUCUGCGUGAAAAUUUCAAUUUCUAAUGGUCUUUCCUCUAUGGGACAUACGAUGGAGGUCAAAGACUUGAGGGGAGAUCCAUCACCUUCUCAUUUAUUGAAGCUCAGCCUGAAAAGUGGUAGUUGGUCAACGGCAGCUGUUAUCAUGAGAGUUCUACACAGUGUACUGAAACAGUUGAACCGAGAUCUUAUCGAUCAAAUUUUUAACAUUUACUUGGAGGCUACCACUUCUUUUAUCUCAAAUAUGCCGUGGGAUUUGCUGUCAGAGGUCUACCAUGCUCAAGGGGACUCCAGUCCGGACCAUUUGCGUCAAAUGCAAGAAGCAAAACCUAAGUCAAUCCUAACAUUUCAGGGAUAUCUUCUCCGAUUGCUCUGUUCCUUGGUUAAAAGUGGUUGGACGGAUACUGCUAUCAGCACUUCAGUAGAGCAUCCGUUUAUUUGUGAAAUCAAAAACCUGCUUCCAAGACUUUUGAUAUCAUGCCUUAGUAAUGAACAGUGCUCUGACAAUGUUGCCAUCUCUCAAUAUCUUAAACAUAAGAUGUUGAUACUCAUGAUUCGACUUAGUAACCAAAUCCAUUUGGACCCCUCAAUUGUAGUGUCGUGGUUGGAUCUUAUCCACACUUACUUUCAAGAUGUAUUAUUGCAACCUAUGGAUGGGCAGGAGUUUGGUCUAGAUAAAUAUCUCGAAGGUUCUCCAUUUGGGGUAAUGACAUUUGAUAUGGGGAAGAAAUGCAUUUCAUCAAAGCAUUUGCAAAGGCUGGCUAUUUUCUUUUUCCUCAAAUGUUCCUCUAGUUUGCUGAACAUGAAAGAGACGACUGAUCAACAUUAUGCUUGUAAAAAUCUUAAGUCUUGCUCAAGCUUUGAUCUGAAUCCCAAGUGUUGCAGCAGAAGAAAAGCUUUGCUAGAGCUCCACAAGUGGCUCAAAGAGCUUCUCCCUGGUGAUAGCUUUGCUGACCAUGAUAUGUGCUCCGAGAAAUGCAUGGACUUCGUCUCAUCCUUCUUGCAGCUAUAUAUGCAAGAGGAUGAUAUACUAUUUGAAAUGCUCUUGCAAAUGUUUUGCUUGCCAUUUUACUCUGAACAAAAGUUUAUCGAUGAAGUGGCUUUCUCAGCUGUUGAAGUGAGAGAGUUUUCUCUGAUUUCACACCUUUUUCACCCAAUACAUUUCUUUCACCUAUUCCUGGCUGGAAUACACUAUGAUCAUCAAGUUCUUCUUGAUUAUCUUAUCUCAAAAGACACAGGAGCUAGCCCUGCUGAAUAUCUUUUGAGGUGCCUGCGUAAGGUAUGUGACUCAUGGAACAUAUUUGUGGAAUUUUCAUGGAACGGAAAAGGUCGAAGCAGAAAGAGAAAAAGGUUUUCAGCAGAUGAUUAUAACUCUAAGGGAGAGAUAUCAGCUGUGCCAAGUUUUGUUAGUGGAGUUAGUUUACCACUUGAAAGCAAAAGCAAAAAAGCCCAUGGAUGUUGUGAUGAGGAUUAUGUAACUCAGAUAUCACCAUUUGAGUGUGCAAGGAACUGUCUUUUUUCACUUAAAGCAUCUAUUGAAAGCCUUCACCUAAAGAACCUGUUUCCUUAUAAUCCACAAGUGCUACUACGUCGUUUGAUGCGAUUUCAGGAGCUCUGUGGAAAUCGACCAUAAAAGCUCUCCGGUUGUCCUAUCGCAUUGAAAUCCAUGUUCACUAAGUCCUUCCAUGCCAACUUGAAAUUGGCUAAUCGAAGAAAAAUUACAACUUGAAAGGGAGGAUAACUCUGGACUCAUUGGGAGUAAAAUACAGCUGGGAUGUGAAUCCAGUAUUAGCAUUCUUGACUUUUGAGGCGAAUGUUCUGACUUUGACUAUGGAAUGCUUAUCACAUUUCUGGACUGAACGGAUCAAUAUUCUUCAGAUGCCGACAGGUGAUUUUAACAACUUCUCAUCAAGUUCGUCCAGGGAAGCCAAGGUGAAAGGGCUCUUGGAUCUUGUGCAGAUGGCAUAGUACUAAAAGUUUUAAUUCCAGACUGGUGAUAUCUGGGGAAGUUGUUGCAUUUGUUAGUCUUGCCCGUUUAAGCAUGAGUCCUGAUCAUCACAUUGAGGGCUAGACACCUUGUACUGUUUUAAAGUGAACUUAUUUUUAUACUCAGGACUUCUAUUUUUGUGUUUUUUAGGGUCAAUAUUAUUAUUGUUAUUUUUUAAAUCAGGUACGUCUUUGACUGUUUAAGUUU